AAUACCGACAACGGCGUGUGAACUCAUUCACUUUAUAUAUCUGAGAAAUUGUCAGGGCGGCGUUUGGGGAAAACAAGCGUUGAAAUAGAUAUUUCAAACAUUAUAUGGGAAUAGCCUACAAAAGACAUCAUCAGAGAAGGAAUAAUGACGGCCGCCACAUCCCCCAUCCUGCUCAAAUGGGACCCCAAGAGUCUGGAGAUUCGAACCCUGACGGUGGAGAGGCUUCUGGAGCCCCUGGUGACACAGGUGACCACGCUGGUGAACACCAGUAACAAAGGCCCCUCCAGUAAAAAGAAAGGCCGCUCCAAGAAGGCCCACGUGCUGUCCACCUCGGUGGAGCAGGCCACCCACAACUUCCUGGAGAAAGGCGAGCAGAUCGCCACGGAGACUGAAGAUCUGAAGGAGGAGCUGGUGGCCGCAGUGGAUGAUGUCCGCAAGCAAGGCGAGACCAUGCACGGCGCCUCUGCGGAGUUUGCGGACGACCCCUGCUCGUCGGUGAAGAGGGGCACCAUGGUGCGGGCAGCUCGAGCGCUGCUCUCCGCCGUCACCCGCCUGCUCAUCCUCGCCGACAUGGCUGACGUCAUGAGACUGCUGGCCCACCUCAAAAUCGUGGAGCAGGCUCUCGAGGCUGUGAAGAAUGCUCCAAAUGAACAGGACCUGGCCAAUCGCUUUAAAGACUUUGGGAAGGAGAUGGUGAAGCUCAACUAUGUGGCAGCCCGCAGGCAGCAGGAGCUGAAGGACCCGCAGUGCCGGGAUGAGAUGGCGGCGGCUCGGGGGGCGCUGAAGAAGAACGCCACCAUGCUGUACACGGCCUCCCAGGCCUUCCUGCGGCACCCCGACGUGGCGGCCACGCGUGCCAACCGCGACUACGUCUACAAGCAGGUGCAGGAGGCCAUCGGCGGGAUCUCCGGCGCCGCCCAGGCCUCCUCUCCCACCGACGAGAAGCACGGCCACGCCGGCAUCGGGGAGCUGGCCGCCGCCCUCAACGAGUUCGACAACAAGAUCGUGCUGGACCCCCUGACGUUCAGCGAGGCGCGGUUCCGGCCCUCCCUGGAGGAGCGUCUGGAGAGCAUCAUCAGCGGGGCGGCCCUGAUGGCCGACUCGUCCUGCACCCGGGACGACCGUCGCGAGCGCAUCGUGGCCGAGUGCAACGCCGUGCGGCAGGCCCUGCAGGACCUGCUGAGUGAGUACAUGAACAAUACAGGUAGGAAAGAGAAGGGUGACCUGCUGAACACUGCCAUCGACAAGAUGACCAAAAAAACAAGGGACCUGCGUAGACAGAUGAGUCCUUCUGAAAAUCUAGCAGAGUUAAGGAAAGCGGUGAUGGACCACAUUUCUGACUCCUUCCUGGAGACCAACGUGCCCCUACUGGUGCUGAUCGAGGCGGCCAAGAGCGGGAAUGAGAAGGAGGUGAAGGAAUAUGCCCAGGUCUUCCGUGAACACGCCAACAAACUGGUGGAGGUGGCGAACCUGGCCUGCUCCAUCUCCAACAAUGAGGAAGGCGUGAAGCUGGUCCGCAUGGCUGCCACCCAGAUCGACAGCCUGUGCCCGCAGGUCAUCAAUGCUGCCCUCACCCUGGCAGCCCGACCUCAGAGCAAGGUUGCCCAGGACAACAUGGAUGUGUUUAAGGACCAAUGGGAGAAGCAGGUGCGCGUACUCACAGAAGCCGUCGAUGACAUCACCUCCGUGGAUGACUUUCUGUCUGUUUCAGAGAACCACAUCCUGGAGGAUGUGAACAAGUGUGUCAUUGCCCUGCAGGAAGGGGAUGUGGACACUCUGGACCGGACAGCGGGCGCCAUCCGCGGACGCGCGGCGCGGGUAGUGCACAUCAUCAACGCGGAGAUGGAGAACUACGAGCCCGGUGUGUACACGGAGAGAGUGCUGGACUCCAUCAAGCUCCUUUCAGAGACCGUUAUGCCCCGGUUUGCUGAACAAGUAGAGGUGGCAAUCGAAGCUUUGAGCACAAACCCACCACAGGCCUUUGAAGAGAAUGAAUUCAUUGAUGCUUCCCGCUUGGUUUAUGAUGGGGUUCGUGACAUUAGGAAAGCAGUUCUAAUGAUAAGGACACCAGAGGAGCUUGAGGAUGACUCAGACUUUGAGCAGGAGGAUUACGAUGCCCGUAGCAGGACGAGUGUUCAGACGGAGGAUGACCAGCUCAUCGCUGGACAGAGUGCCCGGGCCAUUAUGGCCCAACUGCCCCAGGAGGAGAAGGCGAAGAUCGCGGAGCAGGUGGAGAGCUUCCGGCAGGAGAAGUGUAAGCUGGACGCUGAAGUGGCCAAGUGGGACGACAACGGCAACGACAUCAUCGUGCUGGCCAAGCAGAUGUGCAUGAUCAUGAUGGAGAUGACCGAUUUCACCAGAGGAAAGGGCCCGCUGAAGAACUCAUCAGAUGUGAUUAAUGCAGCAAAGAAGAUCGCCGAGGCAGGCUCCAGAAUGGACAAACUGGCCCGCGCCGUUGCAGAUCAGUGUCCCGAUUCGGCCUGCAAGCAGGAUCUCCUGGCAUACCUACAGAGAAUCGCGCUCUACUGCCACCAGCUGAACAUCUGCAGCAAGGUGAAGGCUGAGGUGCAGAACCUGGGAGGGGAGCUCAUCGUCUCAGGGCUGGACAGUGCCACGUCCCUCAUCCAGGCCGCUAAGAACCUGAUGAACGCUGUGGUUCUCACGGUGAAGGCAUCUUACGUGGCUUCCACCAAGUACCAGAAGGUGUACGGGACCGCGGCCGUCAACUCCCCCGUGGUGUCCUGGCGCAUGAAGGCCCCCGAGAAGAAGCCGCUGGUGAAGAGGGAGAAGCCGGAGGAGUGUCAGACCCGCGUUCGACGGGGCUCCCAGAAGAAGCACAUCUCGCCCGUCCAGGCUCUGAGCGAAUUCAAGGCCAUGGACUCCUUUUAAUCCAACUCAAAUGCCUUUUCUUUUCCCUUUUCCUCCCCCUUUAUUUCGUUGUAUAAAAUGAAUUGCCUGUGUGGAGAAAUGAAAGAUAUUAAUGGCACUUACAGUUAUGUAUGAAGCAAAAUACAGCACCAUCUCUGGGUCAGGCAGUCAAGAACAGCCAAUCAGCUCCCAUUGUCUGUUAUGCUGACUUAACCCUUUGAGUACCAAAGUGUUUGUCUUGCUGUUACAAAAUGAAAAAAAAAUUAAAAAAAAAAAAUGUUUUUUUCCUUUCAAGGGAGAUUGGCAGGUAUGUCAGACUCUGAUAUAAGCUGACCCAUAACAUUUACUGUAGGUAAUGUGAAUUUGUUUACUGUGAAUGUAAUUAAUAUAUUGAUUAUUAAAAAAUAUAUAUCACACUAUUAUUACAAGGAAAACAAUGAAUAGUAUUCCUGUUUGGAUGCGAACAGAUGGUAAGUUUAGUCAGAUCUAGUCUAUCAACAUUGUCAGUUUUUAAUGACGGGAUCUACCCAGGUUAUGAAAUUGCAUCCAUACAGUAUGUACUGAUUAAUUUGAGUUUCAUAAUUGCCUGUUUGUGAUAUGUUUACUAUUAUUUUACACAUUAAACUUAGUUUGCAAGUCUUUCUUGCUCCCCUAAGCUCUCAAUUGUUGUUAAGCACAAUAUGUUGCUGAACUUUAUCAUUUGCUUGAUGAUGAAGAUGGCAGAUAUUGUGGCUUGUUGGGCAUGGUGUAGCACUUACUGUGGCUGGAUGAGGAGGAUUGUGUACUGUGUGGAUUACUCUGAGAAUCAGUGUCAAACCGCCCGUUAAAUACACAGCUCCUUAAUAAAACAUCUCAACUUGG